AUGGGUUUUCAUAACGACCCGGAGCCAUCGACACCGGCGAUUGCCUUUGGAACUGAGAUCCGAGAGCAAUGUUUCUCUUUUGCCGAGGGUUACCAUCCUCUCAAUCACGGCUCAUUCGGGGCUUUUCCUAAAGAGGUCCGGAAUCACCAAAGGCGAUUACAGGACGCAAGCGAAGCAAGGCCAGAUACGUUUACACGAUAUACCUAUCUCAAGCUUCUCAGAGAAAGCAAAGCAGCCAUUGCACCACUCCUAGGAGCAGAGCCCGACGAAGUUGUAUUUGUACAGAACGCCACCACGGGUGUCAACACCGUGCUCCGAAACUUGGACUUCAGGCCCGGCGAUACAGUUCUUCACUUUAACACCAUCUAUGGUGCCUGCCUCAAGACAAUUCAGUCGCUGUCAGAAGAAUGUCCAGUUUCAUCACACGCAAUUGACAUUACGUAUCCAAUCGACGACGACGAAAUCUUGAGGCGAUUCCGAUGCGCGGUGAAAGAGAUCGAAUGUCGACAAAAGACGCCAAAACUGGCCAUUUUUGACACAGUCCUCACGUUUCCAGGGGUGAGAUUCCCAUUCGAGAGACUAGUGGCGACCUGCAAGGAGCUUAAGAUCUUGAGUUUCAUCGACGGAGCUCAUGGUGUCGGCCAUAUUGACCUGAGUCACCUUGGUGGCGUUGUUAAGCCUGACUUCUUUAUCAGUAAUUGUUACAAAUGGUUGAUGGUGCCGAGGGGAUGCGCCGUCUUAUACGUUCCAUACCGGAACCAAGAGAAGAUUGCUUCAACGGUGCCCACAUCCUGUGGCUACGAGAUCAAAGCGGAGCGAGAUAAGUUGGAGUCGCGACACUACUUCUCGAAGUUGUUUGACAAGAUCUCUACAACAGACAACACACCGUACUGUUGCAUCCCCACGGUGCUUGAAUUCCGUUCCAGAGUCUGCGGCGGCGAGGCGAAGAUUAGGGAAUACUGCGAGUACAUUGCGCGUCUGGGCGGUGACAGUAUGGCAGAGAUCCUCGGCACGGAAGUCCUCGGCGCUUCAUCCGCCUCAUUUCGGAGCUGCUGCUUCGUCAAUGUCCGCCUUCCCUUGACUCUGGCGGAACUUGACGCCUAUGCGUCAGCGGGACGAGGGAUAGCGAAGUGGAUGCAGGAAUUGAUGCCAGCCGAGUAUGAGACGUACAUUCCCAUCAAGUUCUAUGCUGGUGGCUUUUGGUGCCGGAUUAGUGGUCAGGUGUACUUGACAUUGGAUGAUUUCGAAUGGGCGGCACAAACUCUGCUCGAUGUCUGUACACGUGCGAAGACUGGGGAAUGGAGAUGAGUAUCAUUUGCAAGAUACUCGAACUAGGGGUUUCUCAUGAUCUCCAAGCUAGAUUCAUCAACGAAGUUUAUUGG